UUGGGGGUUUCCUAAACAGAUCCUUACGCCUCUUACCCCCCUUCUCCGCUCUACUUCGACCGCCCGUUACGGUCUCUCCUCGAUCAUUACCGCCACCUUCGACGGUGGCGACGGUGACACUGGGUGGUUCGCUAUCUGCAAAGACCGUUCGAGCCGUCGUGGAUUGGACGCUUUCCCAUAUUCGAGGGUUCUUCCUCCGCGAUCCAACCCAUCUUCUUUAGAUUCCAGGUUUAACGCUAUCAUUCUCAUCGGAGCCGUCCCGAGAUAGAACGUGGAGGCAAUAAUCGUGUGCGUAGUCUGCCUUCAGAUGGGUCUCUGCUGAUUGAAUUGAUAAUUAUAACAUUUGGACCAAGCAAGAAAUAUGUCUUACUGUGAUGAAGCUGGAGAUGGUCCUGCUGUACUACGGUUGCAAAAUUGGGGUCAUUUAAAGUUUCAAUUUCAGUUAUCGGACUUUUCUGAAGCUUUUAUUUCACCAUCUAGGGAGUUGUUGCUGCUGCUUUCUAAUAAGCUUGAAGCUUUGUUACUUCCUCUAGUUGCUGGAAAUGAGUCAGGCAAGUUGAUAAGCAGCGAUGGUUCAUGCCAGUCUUCUUUUGCAACUCUUCAACAACCCGGUUUAUUACCUUUCUGUUCUCCAGAACCAAGAACGGUUGUUGCAUCAAACUCAUCUUGUGAUGCCACAUGCACUACUGAACCGACAGAAGUAGUUCCGUUUUCUACUUUUGCACAAAAAGGGAAUUCUUCAGUGUUUGAUUAUUAUCCUGUGAUUUCUGAUGUGAAGUCAUUGGCUUGGGGACACUGCGGUGAUGCAUACAGUCGCUUUGGAAAUUCUAGUUUUAGAGAAUUUCUUAUAGUCUCAGGUAACAAUGAUAUUAUUAUUCAUGCUUUUCGUUAUCACAGUGAAAACACAAAUAUUAUUGAAUCAUCUCCUGAAGACGGAGAUGUUCAUGGCACGUGGGUGGAGUGGGGUUCAGCGCAUUGUUCACAGUCAAAGGAGCAGUUCUUGCAUUCUCAUGGCUUUGGAAAUUUGCAUGAGAAAGAUGAGAACACUAGAACUUCGGAAAGGUUAAACGUUCAUAAUCAAACAGGGAAUGCUAACUCAUCUUAUGACACAAACAAGAAUUGGUUUCGGACUUUUCUUACUGAACUGGAGACAAGUGUUUCUGAUGGCAAGUACUUGGGAUUGUUCCCUGCACAAGCUUCAUUCCCUCAUUCAGCAAAUGUUGUAUCUUUCAGUAUAUACGAUAGCACUUUAGCAUUUCUUUCUUAUGCCAGUCCUCUUACCCAAGAGGAGACCCAUAGUGUUGGAACUGCAGACGGGCUUGUGACUAAUGAAUCCAUAUCCAAGGUUUCAAGUAGCUUCCAGUCCAAAAGUGAACUUAGAGGUCUCUCAUACAAAUCCUCAAGAGUGUUCUUCAGCACCUCACAUCAUUUCAUUGGUUUGGCAUUGACUUUUUCUGCUGACACUUCUAUUAUCAGUCAGGAAAAUUGCCUUAAAGAUUCAAUGAACACAAUAGUGGUGGUUAUUAAGCUACACCACUGGGGUAUACAGUGGGUUUGUUCAGUGGACCUUGAGGACUCGUAUCCUGGUUCAGGUCCAAGUCCACCAUGGGCUGACAUUCAGUUUUCAGCCAACUUUCUUGUUUGCCUUAACACCUCUGGGUUGGUCAAUAUUUGGGUUGCAAAUACUGGUAUGCUUGUUGCACAGUUUGACACCUUGCGGAGCUGUGAAGUGGACUCCGGAAUGCCUUUGAGCAGAUAUGCAUCUAAUGAAGAGUCUGAUUUCGAUGAUGUUGAUCAAGGUGCUGGGGAUGCUAAAAAUCACUGUAUUUUCAAAAAGUUGGUGGUGGCUUCACAUUCUUUGCACCUAGCUAUAAUCAAUGAACAUGGGGUAGUCUAUUUACUUUAUGCUGGUGACUAUAUCUCAGAAAAGCAUCAUGAAGCCAACAAAUUCAUGCCCCAUUUUGAGCAUUUUGAUCUUGGUAUCCUGGCGGGUUGGAAGGUUGCUGGUAGUUGUAUAGGUAGUCAACAGUCAUUUGGUGGUCUAUCUAGUGGCCAAGAGUUAGUUGAUUUAGAUAUGUCCGGUCAAGAUUUUCCAAUUUCAAAGCACAUGAAUGGUACUAAACAAAUGAAAAGAUUGAAAAAUCAUUUUUGGCGUAUAGAAGACCAAACAGCAAGUGGUUUCAAUACUGCUUCACAGAUAAAUUGUCAGAGAAUUUCCGACUGUGAAUCCAGAAAAUCUGCUCCCAUGCGAAGAAUAUUUAUGCCUUUAGACAGAUUCAAUAAUGAUGAUUGUAUUUGCUUUUCACCCUUUGGAAUCACAAGGCUUGUCAAAUGUUGCAAUUUGAAGGAACGGCAAGGCUACAAAAUUGUUCAUACCGACUUACAUGUGAAACGGAAAGCUCUUGAUGAAGGAGAUUUGUAUACAUGUGGGCGGUUGAAAACACACUCUUCUGCUACGAGAGAUUCCUUUUUUAUUGGAGAAUCUCUUGGCUGCUUUUUUCAAGGAUUUUUGUAUCUAAUUACCCAGCAUGGCCUCUCUGUUGUUCUCCCAUCAAUUUCAAUUUCAUCUGCUGUGUUCCCAGUAAAAUCAAUUAGAUAUUGGAACCCAGAUGCUGUUGUGAGCAGUGACUUUGAUAUUGAGAACAUGUUGACGAUACACAAACCUGACGAGCAGUGGAGGCCUUGGCAAAUGGAGGUGGUAGAUAGAAUUCUUAUAUUUGAAGGGUCUAAAGAGGCUGAGCAUGUCUGUUUGGAGAAUGGAUGGGACCUUGGAAUCGUUCGUUUACGCCAGAUGCAGUUGGCACUACAGUACUUCAGAUCUGAUGUAAUAGAACAAUCUUUGGAUAUGCUCAUGGAUGUUAAUCUGGCAGAAGAAGGAAUCUUGCAGUUGCUGUUUGUUUCUGUUCACCAGAUAUGUAGUAGUGUUGGUAGGGAUACUGAUCUAGCUUUAGUAUCGAGGUUGCUGGCUCUUGCUGCUCGCUUUGCAAUUAAAGUGAUUCAACGAUAUGGUCUUUUGACUCUAAAGAAGGAUUUCAUGCUUGAUCUUGGAAAAGAAUCUGGAAUAUCUCAGCUGCAGACGAAAUUGAAAAUGCAAAAAAUAGAUGAUGUUGGCAAUUUGACAAGGCUUUAUGAGAUGGCAUUCUAUUUGGAGGUUAUAAGAGAAUUACAGAGUCGACUGAUUCCAAAGAUCAGAAGACCAGGGAAAGUGCCGGCAGAUAGUAGAGAUACAACAGGUGUGGUAGAUAAUGGUGCAAUGCAGGAUGAGUCCCCUCUUUCAAUUGUUCCUACGGAUAAUGUGUCAUCUCAGCAGAUGGAAACUUUGGAACUGCAGAUUAAGGAAGAAUCUGCCCCCAAUGUUCCUGGGUUGUUAUUUGAUAAUGCUAGUACUUUACAGCUGGUUGAAUCUUCUGCAAAUAUGGUUGAAAUGGAUGAAUUUUAUGCUCGUGAGGCUGGUGCCCUGCAAAAAAGAAACCUGAUUCCUCUGGAAAAUCCCAAGGAUAUGAUUACACGAUGGUAUGCUGACACUUUUGAUCUAACAACUAUUGUGAAAGAUGCUUUACAUGCCGGUCGUCUCCCUUUGGCGGUUCUUCAGCUGCAUCUACAGCAUCAGAAGGAGUUGGGAUCUGAGGAGCCUCAUGAUACUUUUAGUGAAGUUUGUGAUAUUGGUAAAAAUAUUGCAUAUGAUCUGUUUUUAAAGGGGGAAAGUGGGCUAGCUGUGGCAACAUUCCAACAACUCGGGGAGGAUGUAGAAGCUGUUCUUCGACAAUUGUUAUUUGGUACUGUAAGGCGAUCACUUCGGGCACGAAUUGCAGAAGAAAUGAAGAUAUAUGGAUAUUUGAGGACAAACGAAUUAAAGAUAAUGGAGAAAAUAUCCCUUAUUGAGAGGCUAUAUUCGAGCAGUAGCUUCUGGAGAACAUUUCAUGAGAGGCGGAAAAGCAUAUAUGAUACUACCCCUGCUGAUACUUCAGAAGCAGAUAACCUGACAUUGGGUUUUCGUGUAAGUGACUGUUUUACAAUUCAAUGCGGUGAUAUCGAUGGAGUUGUCAUUGGUUCCUGGGUAAACAUUGAUAAUGGUUCUGCCGCUUCUGCUGAUGAUGAAGAUAAAGGACUUCUUACGUAUUGGGCCUGUGCAGCUGUCUGGUCUGAUGCAUGGGACCAAAGAACUGUGGAUCGUAUAGUGCUUGAUCAAUGUGUAGAAGAGGGAGUUGAUAUACCAUGGGAAUCACAAUUUGAAUAUCAUGUGUCUCACAGUGACCUGGAGGAGAUCUACCAGCUUUUCAAUUGCCUUCCAUCAUCUUUAUUGUUAGAAGGGUCUCUUAGAAUUAAUUUAGGUUCAUAUGUUGCUGCAACUGAUGCAUCCAAUGAGAAGAUCCCUGACUGUGCCAUAUAUAUUUGCUCUGCCGAAGAUUUGGAGCCAGUUUCUAUGGAUGUUCCACAUGUUAAAAUCUUCAAGUUUUCUGCCGUUAAUAUGUGCUCAUCAUGGUUACGAAUGUUUGUAGAAGAGGAACUUGCAAAGAAAUAUAUUUUUCUGAAAGAGUGCUGGCAAAGUACUGCUGAGCUCGUGCCACUUCUUGCCCGUGCAGGCUUGUUAAUCUGUACAUCUAAGACAUAUCUGAUGGAUAAGUUUUCUGAUAGUUCGCUUGACUUGGACAUAGUGAACAAUUGUAAAAAGUUUCAUAAGGACAUUGCAGAAGCCUUUCAUAAACUAGUUAUACAUCACUGUGUGCAAUACAAUUUGCCAUACCUUUUGGAUUAUUAUCUUGAUCAUCAUGAUCUGCUUCAGGAUUACCAUUCUCUGUGUACCCUACAGCAACCUGCAGGAAACUGCCAUUGGGCAGAUUGGUUGCUGACUUCUAGAAUUAAAGGCUGUGAAUAUGAAGCAUCAUUUUACAAUGCCCGUUCAAAUUUAUCUCGACAAGCAGCCUCUGACAGCAAGCUAAGUGUACUAGAGAUUGAUGAGAUAAUACAUACUGUUGAUGAUAUGGCUGAAGGGGGAGGAGAGAUGGCUGCUCUUGCUACUCUAAUGUAUGCAGCUGCACCAAUGCAGAAGUGUCUUUGUACUGGUAGCGUGAAUAGAAAUAGUAGCUCUUCUUUUCAGUGUACAUUAGAGAAUCUGAGGCCUGGUCUGCAGCCGUUUCCUACUCUUUGGCGGACACUUUUAGCCUUUUGCUUUGGACAAGAUGCAAAUGGUUAUCCAUUCAGUUACGCAGCUAGUAUUAGUAAUAUACUUGGAAAGUCAGCAUUCUCAGACUAUUUGAGUUGGCGCAUCAGUCUCUUCUUGUCAGCUGGAGGUGAUACUUCAUUAGAACAGAUGCUGCCAUGCUGUCUUCCAAAAUCUGUCAGAAAAUUGAUUAAAACAUUUGUUCAGGGUCCUAUUGGAUGGCAGUCAUUAUCAGAUUUUGGGACUGAUAUAGAACCCUUUCUCUUCAUGGACACUCGAGCUGUAAAUGCAAAUUGGAAUGGUGGGCUUAGUGCUGUAUCUUGGGAAGCGUCCAUCCAAAAAAGCAUUGAAGAGGAACUUUAUUCUUCAGUUGAGGAGAAGGGCUUUGGAGUUGAGCACCAUCUGCAUCGUGGGCGAGCAUUGGCAGCUUUCAACCAUCUUCUUGGAGCAAGAACUCUAAAUUUGAAAUCAGCCAAUCCACGCCAACAAAUAUCUGGAAAACCUAAUAUACAGUCAGACAUGCAAGCAAUUCUUUCACCUCUAACUGAAGGCGAAAGUUCAAUCCUCAAAACUGUUCCCCCACUAGCUAUAAUGAACUUUGAAGAUCAUGUUUUGGUUUCUUCUUGCUGUUUCUUCUUAGAGUUAUGUGGCCUAUCUGCCAGCAUACUUCGUGUGGAUAUUGCUGCAUUAAGGCAAAUUUCUUCUUAUUAUAACAACUCAGUUGAGCAGAAUGCACGUUAUGAUCAUGUGUCGCCAAAGAGUUCAGCAUUUUAUGCAGUAUCUCAUGGAGGUCAUUUUACUGUUUCUCUAGCUCGAGCAUUAGCCGAUGAUUAUAUACACCAUGAUCAUCUCAAUAUUACUAAGAAAAGCGAUGUUCCUUUUAGUGAUUUCAAAGAUAAACCAUCUCUAGCCCUUAUGACUGUGUUACACCAUCUCGAAAAGGCAAGCCUGCCAUUAUCAACUGAAGGAAGUACAUGUGGCUCAUGGCUACUAAGUGGCAGUGGUGAUGGGCUUGAGUUCCGGUCUAGGCAAAAGGAAUCCAGUCAGCAGUGGAGCCUAGUUACAAGGUUCUGUCAGAUGCAUCAUCUUCCACUGAGCACCCGAUAUAUUUCUUUACUGGCUAAAGACAAUGAUUGGGUUGGUUUCCUAACAGAAGCUCAGUUGGGGGGAUUUGCUAUGGAUGUGAUCAUUCAGGCUGCAGCCGACUUCAAUGAUUCGCGACUGAAGACUCACAUAUUAACAGUUCUAAAAAGCAUCCAAUCAACAAGAACUAAAACCAACUCUUCAACAACUGCAACUCCGGGAAGUAGUAGGGGCAAUUCUUUCAUUUCUGAUAAUAACACUGCAGUUCCUAUAGAACUUUUUGUUAUUCUUGCCGACUGUGAGAAGCAAAAAAAUCCUGGGGAGGCCCUUCUAUCAAAAGCAAAAGACUUACAUUGGUCUCUGUUGGCAAUAAUUGCUUCAUGUUUCUCUGAUGUGUCUCCACUUUCAUGCCUAACAGUUUGGCUUGAGAUUACAGCUGUGAGAGAGACUUCAUGCAUCAAGAUGGACGAUGUUUAUUCAAAAAUCGUAGCAGGUGUUGGAGCUGCUGUUAAGUCUACAAAUUCCUUACCAAGUGGAAGCAGAAACUUUGCAUUCCAUUAUAAUAGGGGGAAUGCAAAAAGAAGAUGUCGAGUGGAAACCAUGUCAGUGAACUCCUUGAUGGGUGCAUCAUCUGACAUUACUAUUACAACAAGCUCUUCUGUGGCUUUUGUCUCUGAAGAAAUUUCCAAGGAAGAAAUGAAAAAAAUGGCUCUUGAACAGCCAAAAGUUCCCAAUGGUCCUGACGAAGUGCUUGCUUCUCUUUCAAAUAUGGUAGCUGUUCUUUGUGAACAGCAUCUAUUUCUUCCUUUGCUAAGAGCAUUUGACAUAUUUCUACCUUCAUGUGCUCUUCUUCCCUUCAUACGAUCCCUUCAGGCAUUUUCUCAAAUGCGACUUUCUGAAGCUUCAGCGCAUCUGGCAUCAUUUUCCACUAGAAUGAAGGAAGAACCAUUUCAUAUGCUGAACAUGGCAAGAGAUGGUCUGGUUAAAGCAUCAUGGAUUAGUUCCAUAUCUGUAAAAGCUGCAGAUGCAGUGUUGGCAAGAUGUCCGUCUGCUUAUGAGAAAAGGUGUUUAUUGAAACUUCUUGCGGGAGCUGAUUUUGCCGAUGGAGGUUCUGCUUCAGCAUACUUUCGUAGACUCUAUUGGAAAAUAAAUUUAGCUGAACCCUCUCUUCGCAAGGAUGAUGAUGUAUACUUAGGGGAUGAGAUCCUUGAUGAUGGAUCUCUUUUAACAGCAUUGGAGAAUAAUGGUUGUUGGGAACAAGCACGAAAUUGGGCUAGGCAGCUAGAAUCAAGUGGUGCAUCUUGGAAGUCUGCCAGUCACCAUGUUACUGAAGCACAGGCUGAAGCAAUGGUGGCAGAGUGGAAGGAGUUCCUAUGGGAUGUUCCAGAGGAAAGAGCUGCUCUAUGGAACCAUUGUCAGACACUUUUCCUGAGAUUUUCGUUUCCACCUUUGCAGGCAGGAUUGUUUUUCCUUAAACAUGCGGAAGCUGUUGAGAAAGAAAUUCCAGCAAGAGAACUACAUGAGAUGCUUCUACUUUCACUGCAGUGGCUAAGUGGAACAAUUACACAUUCUCCACCGGUUUAUCCUUUGCAUAUUCUACGAGAGAUCGAAACUAGAGUGUGGCUCUUAGCUGUAGAAUCAGAAGCUCAGUUUAAGGCUGAACGUGACUUUACAUCACUCAGCUCUGUUCAGAAUCUGGUGGGUGGAAGUUCUACCAGCAUUAUAGAACAGACUGCAAGUAUCAUUACGAAAAUGGAUAAUCAUAUAAAUGCAAUGUUGACGAAAGUUAGUGAUAGAAAUGGUACAAGGGAAAUUACCUUCCUAAAUAACCGAAAUUCACAUACCUCAGAAUCUAACAGUAUAGCAGCUGCAGUGAGCAGUGCAAGGAUGAAGAGAAGGACCAAAAUUAACCUUCCAUUAAGACGGUCUGUGAUAGAUAAUCUGGAAAGUAAUAAUGAUUCUGAUGAUUACUCUGACUCUUCUUAUCAGCCUAAGAACAAUGGCGAACUGUCUAAAUCUAUGCUAUCACAAGAAGAAAGCAUGAAUAUAGAAACAUCUAUUUCAGCAUGGGAAAAAAGAGUACAACCUGCAGAAGUGGAGAAGGCUGUUCUUUCUUUAUUGGAGUUUGGACAGAUAACAGCUACUAAACAGCUUCAACAGAAACUGUCUCCAUCACAUGUGCCAGUGGAACUUGCCCUUGUUGAUUGUGCUCUGAAGGUUGCUAUCUUAUCAUCUUCCAAUAACAAUGGAGAGCUUAGUGAUACAAUUAUUGAUCCAGAGAUCCUUGCAGUUAUUGUUUCAGCUGGAGUGUCAAUCAGCGAUCACAUAAUUGAACCAUUACAGGCUUUGGAGUUCUUAGCUAUGAAGUGCAAUGAAGGUUCUGGGCGUGGGUUGUGCCGGAGAAUAAUUGCUGUUGUCAAAUCUGCAAAAGUAUUAGGCAUCCCUUUUUCUGAAGCAUUUGACAAAAAACCUAUCGAUUUGCUGCAAUUGCUUUCCCUCAAAGCACAAGAUUCUCUUGAGGAAGCCAAACUCUUGGUGCAGACUCACACAAUUCCUGCACCCAGUAUUGCGCGUAUUCUUGCUGAAUCUUUUCUAAAGGGGCUAUUGGCUGCACAUCGUGGUGGGUACAUGGAUUCUCAAAAGGAAGAAGGCCCUGCACCUCUUUUGUGGAGAUUUGCUGAUUUUUUGAAGUGGGCACAACUUUGUCCUUCAGAACCAGAAAUUGGCCAUGCACUCAUGCGUCUAGUAAUGACAGGACAAGAAAUACCACAUGCUUGUGAGGUUGAACUCCUUAUACUUUCACAUCACUUCUACAAGUCUUCUGCCUGCCUAGAUGGAGUUGAUGUUCUUGUGACCCUUGCUGCAAAUAGAGUUGAAUCAUAUGUCUUGGAGGGAGAUUUUUCUUGUUUGGCUCGCCUUGUUACUGGAGUCAGCAAUUUCCAUGCCUUGAAUUUCAUUUUAAACAUCCUCAUAGAGAAUGGCCAGCUUGUUCUGCUACUUCAGAAGUAUUCUACUGCAGAAAUGGCCACUGGCACAGCUGCCGCAGUCAGAGGAUUCAGAAUGGCUGUUCUUACAUCACUAAAGCUAUUUAAUCCGCAUGACCUUGAUGCAUUUGCCAUGGUCUAUAACCAUUUUGACAUGAAGCAUGAGACAGCUUCGCUUCUUGAGUCUCGAUCCUUGCAGUACAUGCAGCAGUGGCUCUCUUGUCGUGACAAGGAUCUUCGAACUGAAUACCUGCUUGAUGCCAUGUGCCAUUAUAUCGAGGCUGCUGAAGUCCUUUCCGGUAUUGAUGCAGGGCAGAAAACUCAUAAUGCUUGCGCCCAAGCUUCCCUCCUCUCCCUUCAGAUCAGGAUCCCUGACAUCAACUGGAUUGCACUCCCAGAAACCAAGGCUCGUAGGGUGCUUGUAGAGCAGUCUCGUUUUCAGGAGGCCCUAAUUGUGGCAGAAGCAUACAAACUAAACCAGCCCAGUGAGUGGGCUCCAGUACUAUGGAACCAGAUGUUGAAACCUGACCUAAUUGAACAGUUUGUGGCGGAGUUUGUAGCAGUUCUUCCAUUACAGCCAACGAUGCUUCUAGAGCUGGCAAGGUACUACCGGAGUGAGGUUGCAGCCAGAGGGGAUCAAUCUCAUUUUUCUGUGUGGCUCUCUCCAGGAGGGCUGCCUGCUGAGUGGAUUAAGCAUUUAGGCAGGUCAUUCAGAACCCUGCUGAAGAGGACAAGAGACCUGAGACUGAGGAUGCAGUUGGCAACGACAGCAACAGGAUUUCUGGAUGUGACUAAUGCAUGCAUGAAGGUGAUGGAUAAGGUUCCAGAGAAUGCUGGGCCCCUUAUCUUGAGGAGGGGUCAUGGCGGGGCUUACUUACCCCUUAUGUAGAAUUCUUUCACAUGAGAUUUUCGUGGAUAUUCUUCUCGAGAUUGGGCAUCAUGGCCGAACGGUUGUGUUGACAUGCGCUGGCAUUAGAUUUGAGUGCUCAUUACUCUGGUGGUCUGAAGAGCAAGUAGAGGUUAUUUUUUUGACCUUGUUUUUCGAAUGUAAAUGCUUAUUGAGUGAUUGGUAUUCUUUUGGCAAAGAUAUAUGAGCAUUGUAAGUGGUCAAUGUGGAACAUAUAUAUAUAUAUUUUAAAAUCAGAAGAUACUAUUGGGGUUGCUGA